GGGUAUCUCGAUGUCUAUACUCGUCCCAUGGCAGGUUGGUCCAGAUUGAGUAUUUUGUCGUGGAAUAUGGGUAGGGGCAGGUUGAAAGUUGAUACAUAUUUACCAAAAGAUAAAGCUCAAGGAUAAUACUACUAACGAUGAGGCAAGCAUUGAAGAUGGUACACAUUCAUCAACAAAUAUAAUGCUUUUUUACCUCCAUGCUUCUCUUGUCAAUUUUAUUUAAGGGACUGCGCAUUUUGUCUUCCUAACUUUACUUCGGCUAUGGGUUGUACCCGUGAGUCCGUGAGUUAGUCAUAUUAUUAAGCAACAAUAACCUGCAUUUAGGUUUAUAUAUAUUAAUUAGUGUAUAAGCUUAAUUUUAUGCUCAACCAUUGACCAUUUACUUCUAGUAUGUAAGAACAAAAUGCGCAAUAGGUCCCCUAACAUGCUUUACCAAACGCAUAAACUAGAUUUACACGUCAUCUCCAUUAAGUUUACCACAGUUCAAAAGCACCCACAAAAUCUUUAUAUCAUGGCAUGAUAAUAACAACAUACCACCACAAGACCACUUAACAGUUUCAUAAUGAUAACUACUUUAAAGAAAUUGCACACUCUUCCUUCUCUUAUUUGACAUGCGCAGGAAAAGCACCCUAUACAGUGGAUAGUCAUGUAAGGCCUGUAAUGCCCCUCCGAAAUGCGCUUCCUUCGAUCUCGAAAUCGCGUCCAUAAUCUUCACACACUUCAUUAUACAGUCAACAUAACUGUUACAUGAAUAUGAUUCAUUGCCAUGAUCUCCUCCUCCUCCUUUGCUUUCGUGUGAUGUCACUUCGCGACAUUGAUACCUUCUUAUCGUCGGAUCAUCAUUCAUACCAUUCGAAACAAAUCAAUCAAGGACUGCUCGACGACUGUGGGCCAUACGUCCUUUUGCAUCUAGCUCCAUGGUUGUCACUCACUGGUACACAUCAUUAAGACUCAUAAACAUACAAUGGAAGUCUGAUUUACAGCAGUUCAAGCUUUGCCAGAGCACUCAAACAUUCUAGAUUACAUGUACACGUGAACUGUUCAAGACAGACUUACAAUAACCAUCAGAUCAGAUCAGAUCAGAUCAAUCAAAGUGAAGCUAAAUGGAGAUUGAUAUGAAUUUCCUGCAAACUACAACGUUCGAAAGACCUCCAUGUUGGUUCAUAGCCAAAUCGACACUACAAUCGAACAUUAGCCCCCAUUGUUCAUCAUCCAUGUAAUUCUAUCUUCAACUCUGUGAUCAUUGCCACAUACUAUGUUGGGAAUAGUCUGUAAUGUAAAACCCAAAUUUCUAUCAGACCAAGUGCAUGACGACCCAACUAAAGCACUAGCCAUGAUACCAGAUAGAACAGUUCGACUCCCAAUUUUUCAUAUUCUCUGCUAAUCCAGUCAAGCCUAGUUCAGUACAAAGAUGCGCUAAAUAGAUGGAGGAAACAGGGAAGUGCCUGAUGGAGAAAGGGGGGAGUUUAGGGUUUUUGAGGGUCGAAUCCACCUUCCUUGAGACAACGAUGGAGAAGAAAAGGAGGAGAAUUUUAGGGUUCAAGCUUUUACCUUUUUUCAGUUUUGGUCAGGCGAAAAAGAUGGUGUUAACUGUUAAGUUACCCAAUGCAAUGCGAAGUGUCCUGCGAUUGUUGUGCCAGCGGAAGCUGUACAGACAGAUAGAUAGAUAUCAAAUCGGGAAUUGGAUUCUAAUCGGCGGGAGAGCGGUCGAGGCUCUGCACAACGAAGCGUUUGCUGGGUGAACUGAACGACACCAUUGAAAUGGAAAGAGGCCAGAGAAGAAUCUCAGACGUGCCAACACUGAAACGAACUCCAGUGACACAAUUGAAGGAGUCCAGUCAUAUACCAGACUAAGUGGCUCAACAUUUUGAUGUUAAUUUUUUAUCUUCAAAAUGGUAUUUGUGAUGGUGGAUGGGUAUCUCAGUAUUCAUUUUUGUCUCGUUCGAAGCUAUUACGAUUUACGGGUGCAAAAAGUUGUUACUUGAAAUUUUGAGCUUGAAAAAUUAUGUCUUGAAUAUUGAAGCAUAUGAUUCAAACCAACACUUGACUAACAUCUACGCUAUCAGUUUAUCACAUUCAGCACAAAAUUAUCUAGGAUAGCCGGCUUAAAUUGUCUCCUUCAUAGAACUGGAAGUCUGGAACGACUAUUUAAAAAUUCUUCAUUUUUCUAAAUGACAUGUCAGCAACUUAACGAUCAAUAUUAUAGUUGACAGUCACCUGGAAUGAAUUUAACAAAUAUGGACGACAAGUGACCAUUGAUGAAAUGAAUUGUAAAGUUAAUG